AUGGGCUGUGCUUCGUCGGCCGCGUCGUCCAACCAGGGGCCGGACGCGGAGGCCGGCGAGAGGGAGGGGCAUGGUCCGCAUGGACCGCUCGUGAGCGAGAUCCCCGGCGACGCCGCACGGAAGGAGCGGAGGAGCCCGCGGACGGAGAGGUAUUACAACGCGAUAACGGGGGAGACCACUACCGUGACCAAAGCGCCGGCCCCGCCGCCCCCCGGCUCCCGUUUGGUGGGGGGCGUCUCGUCCGUCUCCACGUCCGAGGGCGACCUCGCGGACCGGCCGGGCCGGCGCCGGGAUUCAAAGGUGCGCUUCGGGGCGGGCGGCGAGCGGCGUGGCUCGAACCCCAAGUCCAUGAAGCGCGCGUGGUCGUCGUUCAUCGGCAUCUGAGCCUCUGGGCGGCCCUCAGCGUGAAGUCGAUCGGCGACCUCGGCAGCUGGAAGUUCGCGGCCGCGGCGCACGCCAUCGCGACGCUCGCCGCGUGCGAGGCGCCCGACGCGUCCCAGCACAAGUAGACUAAGGCUACUAC